GAUGCAAAAAAUACAACUUUUUUCUUAAAAGCACUUGUGCAAUUGCUAAUUCCAAGUUGGAUAUUGCAGAGGACUGCUCAGAACUUCCAACAGAAUCAGAUAUUGAAGCAAAAAAAAGGAAAGCGAAAAGGGUCAUUACCAGUUUUAUGGAAUGAAUUGUGUAAUUCAGAUUCAGAUUAUACAAAAUCUAAAAAUGGAAAGAAGUUUACGGUAUCAAUUUCAACCUCACACAUGGAGUUUCCUACUCCUCCUCAGUUGCAAUCCGAAAUUCAAAAUGGGCGUCUUCAAAAUGCAUCAUCUACUAUCUGCUCUCUCUCGUCAUUAUUUUUAAACGGUUUAUCUUUUAGUAAAAAAGACAACCAAACUACACUACCAUCAUCAAUAUUAACGCCAGUUCUUACUAUAGCACUGCAAGUAGAGCAGUUAUCACCUGAUUUGGUCAAUUGUCAUUUUGGAGGAAAUGAUCAUCGAAAACUAAUAUUAUUAGAAGAGAUUAAACAAAAUAAUCAAACUAUAAUUUUUCUUCUGCAACAAUUAUCAGCACAACAGCAGCGUGGUAAUAUAGAAACAAGUUUUGAUGAGUUUGGGCUUCUUGUUUCAUUAAUGAAACAUUUACAAAAACUAGAAACAGAUUGCCUUGACAAUGACCUCCGAGGAAAGCUUAUGCUGUUCGGCGUAAUCCUACAACAUGUCGCGGUACGGAUGCUAGGUUGCUUGUGCCAUUAAAGCAUGGCUUCGAUUCGCGAAAUUCGUGUGGAGAGAGGAAAAGAAACAUCAUUUUAUCGAUUUUAGUUAUAUAGUUUUAUGUAUAGUUUAUGAUUUUUUUGUAUGUGUGUAAUAGUUUAAAUUAUUUUGUAACGAAUAAACAUUUAACUAGAA